CACAGCCGUGCGACAUGGAUAUGCAGCGUCCCUUCAAGUUAGCAAUCCGACGCGCGCAGCUUCGAGACCUUGUAGAUGAGACCGUAGGUCAUCUUGAUCAAGGGGGUGAUGCACCGUUCUUUCGCCUUACAACAGCCAUUGGUGUGCUUCGCACCCGUUCAGUUGGCUGGUUCGUCGAUGGCUGGAAUGCUAUCAACAACCCUGGUCUUGUCCAACGUGCGUUCUCUCACUGUGUUGUCCCUGACACAGCCUUCAACCUAUCUUUCGAAUCCCUUACCUCGCGUGCUGCCCGUCGCGCUCUUGUCGAACUCUCGCACACUGAUCCUGCAAUGUGGGAAACUAUUUCGGCUGACAUCUCACUGACCAGUGCCGAAACAGUGGACGACUCCCCUUUCACCACCUCCGACUCCCAUGAACUCGACGACACGGCCACAGACCCUGCUGAUCUUGUACAUGCCAUUCUCGCAGCCCCAGACGCGGCCACCAGCUUGUCUACUCAUCUCGAUGUUGGCCACCCGGAGGAUUUGAGGUCUGAGAUACCGGAGGCAGACGAGGAGGACCAUGAGGCUGAGAUGGGCCGAGAUCUGUUCAUACUCGUUUCCACGCGUUUUUACGCGCAAUUUUAUGUUUUUUUGGACAUUGACAAAUUUUCCGGGUCACGGUGUUCAAAACACUAUCUGACCCGUGACAAGCGCCAGUCAAGUGUUCAUACCAUACCCCCGUCGUGACGCGUGACGAACGCUUGGUCGAAAUGCUACAGUAAUCUAAAUCGGCUGGACCUGGCUAGGCGCGUCCCUAUAAGAACACAUUGUCGCCACUUUUGAUAAAAUCGGUAUUGGCGCUGACGAAUUCUUCCUCAGCAGACCUAAAACUCCUAGCUCAUGACAGUCGACAACUUGACUGGUGGUACAGGUCUUGUUCUAAGUCUUCAGCUAUUUACGGCUUGUCGUAACUCUCAAUCUCUCGAACUCAGGUCCUUAAGACCCGCCUGGCGCUUGUACAUCGACCUUGUCGUUGUGCAGUCUUAAGAAAAGCUGGCAGUG